GAAUCUGUAACUACAGACUACCGUAAGAUGUAUUCUACAGAAAUGUAUUCAACGGAGGCUCGAACUAUUAUACAGAAACAUAAUCCGAAUACACCAAUGUUCCUUUAUGUUCCCUUCAUGGCUCUUCAUACACCUCAUGUAGGCAGACCACCGAAGAAAUUGCGAAGUUUACUUGGCCGACGAAAGAAGAAGAACAAAGAUGACCUGGAUUAUUUUGAUGCUGAGGGAUUCGGCCACGAGGAGGAGAUGAGAGAUGCUGUUCUUGUAGCUGUAGAUCAAGCAGUCCAUGAGAUAAUCAGUGAAUUAAAAAGUUCUGGUCUUUAUGAAAACUCAGUUAUUCUGGUCACAACAGAUAAUGGAGGCGGACCUCCCAGAACAAAUAGUCCUUUGACGGGAGGAAAGGAAUCCCUGUAUGAAGGAGGAAUAAGAGGUGCCUCCUUCCUUUUGAGUCCUCUUCUAACUAAUCCCGGCACAAAAUAUAAAGGUCUCAAGGGAAUCCUGAGAACUCAACUUUUCAGUAGCUCACAUUUUCUCAUGUUCACUGUUAAGACAGCUGACAAGAACGUUCAUUCAAUAAUAUUUAUAUUUACAUGA